AUGGAUUCCUGUACGGGCAGUACGGCGAUGGCAGAGGUGGAGGUGGAGAUGGAGGCAGAGGUCGAGGCUCGCGGACUGUUUUGGUGGAGAAGCUUUGUUGCCUAUCCCAGCCGGCCCAGCUUUAGCAAUACAGCUUCUUCUGGCAUGGGGAACGCAUGGGAAACUCCUUUGGCAAACUCCGGAGUGUCUUACUCGUAUCCCACAUGGCUCGAGCCGAUAAGAAAAGACGACACUGGAAUGUUCCUCAUUGAACCAGAGCUUCGGCUGGCUUUUGGAAUACUUUUUUCAUUGCUUACUGUCUGCAACCCUCUUGACUACAUGCCCGAUGCUUACGGCAAGGCUUUUAUCGCCUGCGAAGCUAAGGGGCAAAAGGAUGCAGGCCAUCUUUCCGUCGGGCACCGGGGCAUCGCGACGCGAUUUCAUCUGUCACAAGUUCGCAUCUUGAUGCCAAGCCACCAUCUAUUGGAAGGCGUGACGAUGCCCAUGGAAAUUCAGUUCGUGCACGGAUCACCCAUCACGUCCUCGUCGUGGACGCCUUCAAACUCCUUCCUCAAGUUCUGCCACCACGCAUGGAAGAUCUAUCUAGCCCCUGCUUUGAGGUCGGUGCAUCUGAUGCCAAAGCCGAAAUCGAGUGGUGAGAACUCUGCAGGAUCCAUCCUCUCUGUUCUCGUCCAGGAGGAGAUAGAGUCCGAAGCAAAAACACAGAGCGAGACAGGAGAUGCUUCGCAGUUCGCAGAGCUUUUGGGGAAGUACGACAUGGCUUCCUUCGACCCACAAAAGUUGCUCGACUCCGCCGGCCUCAAGGGCGUCCUGCUCUACAACCAGACCUCAAAGGAAGCGGAAGCGUGCAAGAACGUGAAGUGGCUUCUGGCUUCCGACGUGGUGUCCGUGCCUCCAACGGUCCUGGAAGCGUUCCGAGGCUCCAUGAAAGGCUCCGCCACAUCCCCGACAGGGCACACGGGGCAGAGUCUUGGUGGGAAGGAUCUUGAGGCGUUGGUACUCGCCCCAGAGGCGAGUUCGCUCUUCGUGGGAUGGACGAGACUGGAGCUCUACCACAGGGCCGGGGCCUAUGAAACGGCAGCGAUGCUUUUCACCUUGGCCUUCGUGUUCCUGGCCGUCUGCAUGCACCUCCUCCGGACGGACCCGACUCCGACGCCUCCCGUGCUGCUCUUGACACGACAGUCUUUCACGGGCAUCGCACUUCGAUGUGUCAUGUGGCUUUUCAUCGUCGCCUACUUCAUCGGCAUCAUCUGGGUCCCCCUUAAAGCGAUGGAGAAAGCAAGUAUCUCCACUGGCUUGCCGUGGGAAGCUCACCUGACCUUCUUCAGUUUCAUGAUGGCUUCCCGGCUUCUGGAGCUCUUUGUCCAUGCGCUCUGUGGCUUCUCGAAAGAAGUCACCAGCUUGCCGACCAUUCUCAUGAGGGUCUUCUUGGGCACGCUCGCGGGCGCCGACGUGUACACGGACGUGAACUUCAUCAUGAUCGCCUACAUCAGCGGCUGGCCGCUGUGGAUUCUCGCUGCCAUGGUCUUCGUCAUAGGAGUGCUGAUCUUUCAGUUUGCCCUUUACUUUGGUGCAGCCAUAUACUAUCUGUUCAUGAUCUCAAAGACGGAGAAGAAGGACCAGAAGGACACGGAUUGGCAAAACUACGUUUCAGCCUUGCUCAAGCUGCUACAUUUCGAGUCCUUGAUCGUAGACAUCGAUGAGGUGAAGUUGGACGGGCAGGCAGAGGACGAGGAGGAGAAGGAGGCGCCUGACGCUGCUCAUGACGACGGUUAUGGCUCCUUGUCACUGCCUUCCGGUGGGUUCUCUUAUCAGCCAUUGACUCAAAAGGAACUUGAUGACACAACGGAUUUUCUGAGCAGAUUUGACAGCUUUCGUCAAAGCAUCUCUGAGUGCAUGGGCGUGAGGGUCGUGGGUUCUGGGUCGGAUCUCAUUGACGGCUUGUACGUCGCCACGCCCACCUGGACAAAAGAAAAUCCAGAGUGGAAGCACGACAGCGGAAAGAUGGUGAUCUCCACCAGGUUCUCCCAGAAUGGGAAAUGGCAGUUGGGAACUCCAGAAGAUGACGGAGCGAUCUUUGAGAUGCAGAAGUCCUUGCCUGUUGUGCCAGAGGGAGUAUUCGCACACAAGAAGGGUGGGGCACAACGCCCAUACGCAUACCUGCAGACGGUCGAUGUUUUGAAGCUCGAAGCUGCCUUACUGUCAGCACCUUCCAUUCGAAGCACACACAGGAGGAUCAAGCACCUUUUGAGGCGUUCUGCACCUUUCUGGACAACUUUGGAGACGAAGCAUCCAUAUUCGGCAGAAGAUGCCGGAAAACGCACAGUCGAGAUACCGGGUGCACAAAAGCUGCUUGUCGUGCUUUCGAAGAAAUCUUGCUGCUACGACAGUGCCACGAAACUCUAUGUCGAAGCUCCAUCCGAUGAUUCCCAGCGUGACGGGGAGAUGCUUGAUUCCGAUCGUGACACGCCUGGGACAUGCAUGUUGUCAGGCAGGACCUUUGAGGACCCUUUCGUGUUUGUCGAUGGGAAGGCUGUCACCUUCCAUUUCGUGACGGACGACGAUGGCGCAGAGCCCGACCGAAAAUUCGGCUUCCGUGCUUUCAUAGCAGCCGUGAAUGAUGAGUUUGAGAGCAGUGACAUCUUACCGCUGUUGGAAGUGUUUCCAGAGCUAGAUGCCGCCGCCGAGACGACAGGCAGGAAGGCAGAGGAAGGAACAACAGUUGACCACAUCCUGCGAGAGUGCAGAAAGUCUUCCAAGCUAGAGGAGAUGAGGCCGUUCCUCCUGGAACUUCCUCGCUGGGUAAACUUGUUCGAUCCCUCUGCUGCACGUCGCCUUGUGCGACUUGUUGCGACCAUGUUAGGUGCAAGCCAGAAGGCCGCACACAGCCUCAAUGCGACCUCUGGAGGAAACUCUUUUGCUCACACGCGUCGGAUGGUCACUUUGAUGACGAGCUCGCUGCGGUUCUUCUGUGAAGAUGCCUUGCAAGCAAUCCUUCAGUUGAUGUACUUGGUUGAGAAGCGCUACAACAAGAUGGUUAUGCUGUCCAUUGUCCUCUCGUGCAGCGUGUCCUUUGCCAACUUUUUGAUGGCGUUGCCUCGAAGCUACAUCUACGGUGCAUUCAGGCGAGCUCGCGGCACUUACUACGUGAACGACACCAUUACCGUUUCUGGAGCAUUGCCACCGGCCGCAAAUGGGAUCUAUGAACAAGAUGGCGACUACGGCAUGUACAGGCAUCGCGAAAAUCCUUUUGCAAUUUGUGGUCAAUGGAGCUUCAAGCAUGACAGGCCAGCUUCCUUGAGCUGGGGACUGCACAAGAUUUCUGACAAGGGAGAUGUGGAUGAGUCUACGCCACUGUACAAAGUGAAUAACUGGGAGAACUGCAACGGAGCUUGCUUGGAGGCUUUGGUCCCUGUCUUCGGUUGGGGACGGACCGAAGGAGAUCAAACCGAUUUGAGUGUUGUCCGAAAAGCUUUCCCGAUUCAAUGUGAUACACUAAAGGUGUCAGCAUGUUCAGGCCAUCCCGAUGCCGAGGGCGUUUAUGCAAGUUGUGGCUUCGGUAUGUACAAGCACACCACGAACCACAGGUACUACAUCAGGCGGGUUGCUUUGCCCCCCAAAGAGUGGUCAUCACGUUGGGAGCUUCUGAAGAAUGAGGGUGGUUCCACUUGGACCAGGCUGUUUGGCAACGAGGCAACCGUCAGCAUGCGCCACGGUGUGGAGGCUCCGUGGUCGAGUGAUACAACUCAAGAUGGUAGCAAAGCCACUGUGACGGUGGAGCAUAAAGACUCACCUUUUGCAGAAGAGCUGUGUGUGUAUGGUGGUGGUAGCGAUGUGUGCAAUGGGAAGUUCUUUCAUUCUCCAUUUGCGCAGCUCGAUAUGGGUGAUGGCCAGAAGCAGCCCGGACGAUUCUAUUUCCAUGCGGAUCACGAAGUUUUCCUUGUUGAAUUAUCUGGAGACGGCCAACGAGUAUGUCUGAUAGUAGAGGGAGGAAUAAAGAAAGACGGUCAUUAUGUCGGCCUCGGAAGCGCAUCCGAAAGUACUUUUCUCGCACGCGAACCCGACGACAUGCCGCCGCCGAGAGUUGUUCAAGUGAGCUGGUAA